UUCUCAUAUGUGGCCCGACGCAUUACCCUAGUAUUGCUGACAAUGCAUCUUGAGUUUUGCAAUUCAAUUUCCGAAAGAAGACAAGUCUCUUCGGCCCAUGUCGCAAUAACCGGUGGACGUAAAUACUGGAUACAAUUGAUGUAACUGACAGUCAUUUCCUGAUGCAUCUUUAGGAAGCUUAAAGUGGAUUCGGAAGGCACUACUUCAAGCGUCCACUAGAAGGCCCACUUGAAACCCACCAACCUGGGACCUUGCACGAACGUCGCCCGACUGUUGGCAUUCAGUCCACAUAUACAUGUUCUCUGUUGGCUCUGAGCAUUCCAUUCAAGGCAUCCCAGCCGUAUCUUAUUCCAAUGGCCAUCGUGUACUUGGAAAUUCCCAGAGCAGGUUACACCGUUCGUUCACUGUCCUCAAAUUGCUCGGUACAGGACACAGUGGACGAGUUGCGCUAUGCGACUGGAAAUCCCCCGAGAUCUUUCCCCCAAAUACGACUCUGCCUGUUAUGCAAACAGGCAAGGGUGCACGACGGGAGUGGGCAUCAAAGCGUCUCGUGGCUGUCAAGCAGCUCCGCAGGGUAUUCCCAGGCGGCUGGGAUGAAUGCCAACUCCUACGGGAGCUCCAGAUUCACUGCGAAAUGCCAGUGCACCCCAACAUCAUCUCUCUGUAUGACUUCUUCCUGAGUACAGAUACAAAAACUUUGCAUCUAGUGCUGGAACCAAUGGAAGGCAACCUGCAGCACCUUAUCAAGGCUCGAAAGGGUCGUCCAUUAGCAGGAGGGCUUGUGGCUUCCAUCUUCUUCCAGAUGGUAUCUGGUAUCGGCCACAUGCACUCCCUGAAUUAUUUCCACCGCGACCUCAAGCCGGAAAACAUCCUCGUGAGCACCACCGGGUUGUUUUCCUACCGCUCUGUCGUCGCCGCUACCAGCGGCCGCGAGACGGAAAUGGAUAUCGUCGCGAUAGUCAAAAUCGGCGACUUUGGCUUAUCGCGCACGGUCGAUUCUAGGCAGGUGUAUACGGAAUAUGUCGGUGUGCGUUGGUACAGGGCGCCAGAAGUACUACUGAUGGGCGCGGACUAUUCUACGUCUAUGGAUAUGUGGUCCUUAGGGGUGGUCAUGGCGGAGCUGUUGCUACUAAAGCCUAUAUUUCCUGGUACGAGCCAGCUGGACCAGAUUGAUAAGGUGAUCUCGAUCUUAGGCGACCCAACGCACGACUAUGGCCGUGAUUCGUUCGGUGACCCUAUUGGUGGCGGGCCGUGGCCAGAUGGCGUGGAACUUUGUCGUUCACGGGGAUUUAGGUUUCCGCAGGUUCGCCCCAAAGAUCUUCAUACGUACUUCUCAAGAAGGGUUCCACCGACGUUGAUUCAGUGCAUAGGGCAGCUGCUUCGGUAUGAUGCUGAAGAACGACUUACAGCUUUAGAAUGCCUGGAGCAUUCAUACUUCCGACAGACCAUGCCACUAAACGAUAUUCCCGACCUUUCUGCGCCUCACUUAUUCUCUGGGAGCACGUAGAUCCCGGGAUUUGGUCAUCACAACGAAGAGAAGUAUGUACAUUAUACUUAGAGACGUAUACUAGAUAAAAUAAUAGAACAUCCGGCGCCAACCGGUGUAAUGAAUUAGGGAAUAAGUAUAGCGUAUGAGAAGUUUGGACCUGUAUAGAUAACGAAUCAGAACGCGCCCUCUUGAUUUUGACUGCAAGAAGAAAUGUUCAGGAUUGGGCGUCAGAUCUCC